AUGGCAAAUAUCGACCCACCUGCCAUCUCGACACCGUCCCGACCACGCUACUCUCUCAACCCAAAGCGAAGCGGCACUUUCACUUCAUCUGCCAAUGCUCCCAAUGUCGCUGGCUUCAGCCCCGGCGGCCAGGUCUUCGAAGGCUACUCCUACCUCUCGCGCUCAACAUCUAUGUCCACUUCGACCAGAUCGCGCCCCAAGGGCUUGCAGAGCAGACCCUCUGAUAUCACCACGUCUCCCGUCUCAGCUGCCGGUCGCAAACUCGUUGCUUCGCCGUCUUUGCCUCGCAUCCCACAUGUCGCCGAUUCACCCGUGUCGCACAAUGCAGAACUUCCCAACCGCAGCAAGACCGUCCAUCCGAUGGGUAGCUCCAUCAGCACACCCGAACUGCAUAGUAUUUCGAUCCAUUCUUCUCGCUCCACCUCCGAGUCUGAACGCUUGGCGGAAGCAGUCGCGAACCUUCCACACAACCCCAAAUCGUGGCUACCUUCGCAGGUGGCCCUCUACCUCACUCAUGUGCUCGGGCUAGUGCCUCGGCCUGUGGUCGAAGACGUGACCGCCUACGUGAGGAGCUCUAGAAUGGGUGGCCGCGUUUUUCUUCGCCUCAGUGAAAAGGAUCUUGAACGCCAGGGCCUCAACCUCAAGUGGCGAAAGCUCAUGAUCGAAGCUGUGCGCAAGCUGCGACGCGAUGCCCUUCGCGGUCGAAUCUGGGGAUACGAGUCUGGCUCUCUUCGCUGGCCCAAGUCUGUACAGGAUCUGGAACGCGAAGAGGCUGAAGGUGACGAUGGGUUGCUGGACGACGAUCAAGUCGAUCAAGAUCUCGAAGGCGUGGUGCGCAACUUCAAGACCACGAGCAAGCUUACACUCAAGCGCAUGCGGGACAGUCGCAAGGUGAAAGGCAUGAUUCAUGCCUUUCAGACUUCGCCAGAGAAGGAGCCUGUGCCCUUGGGCAACCUUUCCAUCGACGCCGGCUACGGCCAUGGCUAUGUUCGCGGUCAGGCACAGCAGAUUCUGUCAGAGACAGAGGAAAGGAAGCUGUCGCUUCGACGUCCCUUGCGUCCCCGCAGGUCAACCGCCGAUUUCCCCUGGCUGGAAAAUGUCAUGGGCACCAAGCAAGAGGACAUCGAGGCACUGCUCGCAAGUCUUUCCGAACAGGAAGCUCAGCAGCUUGCCGACGAGCUCGGCAUCAACGACCUUGAGGAUACCGAAGCUGUCAGUCGUGCUCUUCAGGACAACAAAGACGACAAGAUGCAUCAGCCUCGCGAGGCUUCCGGCGAGAGCGCAGACGACGUCAUGCUUAUGCCCACCUUGACGCAUCACAGCUCGGUCGACAGCAGCUCGGUGGAGGGCGACACCUCGGUCUCCGAAUGCAGUGGCACCGAAAGCGAGGCCGACAACGUUCAGGAGGAUGAAGACGGACGUCGUAUCGUAGCACCCAAACCCAGGUACGGCGUGCUCGACGAAGAUGUGAUCCGAGCCAUCCUUGCUGACGAAGACGCGGGAGUUGAUGAUUUCCUCUCUGAGGAAAUGGGUCAGGUGAGGAGUCAGCUCGUUCGAUCGCACACCACUGCUUCGAUUGUGAGGCCAGGCCGUCCCUACCGAGCAUCCAUGUACACGGACGACGAGCUCGCUGCCUUGGACGAUGAUGUCUUUCAUACGAGGACCGAGAGCUCGCGCGAACUUGUCGAAGCUAUGAUGUCGUCGGGCCACGCCUUUGAUGAUGCCUCUGCACAGCCUGACUUUGGCACGGCCAGGUUACGUGCUUCUGAGGAAAAGCCUCGCGACGCCCCUUCCAUUCCGACUUUCGAGGACAGCUGCUCUCAAGAACCGCAGCAGCAACAAGAAGAAAAGUCAAGACAACAGGAGCAGCAGGAGCUGGAGCUGGCACCGAGCAACGUUGCUACCGUUGAGGCCGCUAAGGCUGAAGAUGAAUACAUCUUCACCCUCCCUGAUACCCCAGCCCGCCGCGCCACCAGUUCCAUCCGUCGCACUGCCGGCCGCAAAGCAACAUUCGGCAGCAAACGCGGCAAAGCCGUGCUCUCCCUCCUCAGUUCGGACACCGAACAUAGCGAGCUCUUUGCUUCGCUUCCCGGCGCGUCCAUGCUUCGACAGAAAUCCGCAACUACCGCUGCAGAAGACGAAGAAGGAUGGGGUGGCACGCUCGGUCGCAGCUCAAGCCGCAAGGGUCUAAACAAUGUGUUUGACCCGAGUGGGGUGCCACACCCGCCAACGACAUUCCGAAAACCUGGCUUGGAUCGAGUGGCAAGUGAGGCAGAGGAGGAAGCGCUGCAUGCGAAGAUGGAGAUACUCGAGAAAGAGGCGCAGUCGUUGGUAGACGCCGAGACGCCGACGGACAGGUACGAAGAGACGGUACUAUCUGAGGAGGCGAUCCACGGGGGAAUGGAGCGCAAGGUGUCGGUGGAACAACGUCUUUCGUCGUUGUUUAGUCCAGACUCAUCUGCCACGACUGAUACCGAGGCUAAUCCUGUCGACGCUGCCCCUUCAGGUCCAGACCCGGAAGCUGAUCGCAAGGCUGAGGCGGCUGACGACGCUCAAGCUGAUCUUCUUCCGACUGCGACGAUCGAAGAGGCCGUCCCUGUCGUUGAAGACGAACCAGCGGUGGAAAAUGCGCUGUCUGCCGGAUCGACGGAUGCUGUUGCAGAGUCCGUGAUCGAGUCCGAACCACGUGCUGAAUCGGCUUCGCUUGUAGACGAAGCGCCAGCUGAAGGCACGGUGGACUCAGUAACGGACGAGCAGGGCGACUCCGAUGCCAUCAGCAGCUCGUUUGAGGAUGUCGAUGCGCAGGACACCGUUUCAAUUGAGCCCGGUGCUACCGAUGCCGUUCCUGCUGUCGAAAUCUCAGCUGCCACUCUCCGUACUCACGAGCAGCUCGAGCCCGCCCUCAACCAAUCGUCAUCUCCUAUUCCCGAUGCUGCGCCCGAAGAGGCCACACAGUCCAGAGACUCCACCGAUCGGCCUUCGCUGGAACCCAAACUGCUGGUACCGCUCACAAUUCUCGAGCCGCACCCGUCCGGAACGGGAAGCAUCAAGAAACGCUCCAUGGUGCUGGUCGAUCGCAACCGCUUUGAAAGUCUCGCGCGAAGGAUGGCGGAUCUCGAGUCGCAACUGGAUACACUCGAUAGUCCCGCUGUCUCUUCUGCGACGUCCACCAUCAACCGUGGCCCCGGCGGGCUGCGGGACAUGUUCGGCGCAUCUGACUCCGCCUCCAGCAAAGGAGACCCCGAAUAUGCGCAGGUGUUGGACGACAUUCUCGACGCCGCAACUCUUCCUCCUUCCCAGACUGUGAAGCCGAUGCAACGUUUCCAGGUGGAAGAUGACACCACAGCGCCCGCUCCCGCCCCCACGGGGUGGCGAUUGCUGAUCUCGCCCUCCGCCUGGGCGGCGUACCUCUCGUCGCUCAACCCGUACUACUCUGCUCCCCCGCGCGCAACCACCGUCGAGGAAGAGCGCGAGGACGAGCUGAACCUCUACGCGCUCCUCGGUCGACCCGAGAGCGAGCAAGAACAGCAUUUGCUCAGCAUCGGCGCCAUUCCGGCAUACAUGCUUGGCUUGGGUGCGGGCGUUGGGUUCGUGCUCGUUAGGGAGGUGUUGGGUGCGAGACACUGA